UCCCGGCAAGGUCGGCGGCGCGUUCCAACGCCCUUUAUGUUUACUUUUUUUGGUGAAGGUUUUCCAUGAAGUCGGUCCAACAAGGGCACAAUUAAAACUGUUUCCACUUAUUUUUCUUUAAAUCGUGUGACUCUCCGCGAAAGAGUUCAAUGCGGGUUGGGCCUAUUUUUCCCCGAAACCUUGAGUGAUUCUUCGUAAUUCCAUCCUCCCAGAGUUUUCUGGAAGGGAAAGGGGCUCUUUUCGUUGUCGUUUUUCUUUUUUUAUCUACUUCACAACCACUACUGCUGGUACUCUGUUUGUGGCUAGUCCUCUAAUAAUAGGGAGCUUGGCAGGCGAACGGGGACAUACAUGCGUGGGAGGGAGAACGCCUCGCGCACUAACUAGGAGUUCGUCAGAACAGACGGUAGGUUAAGGCCAUGGCGCUCAAGCUAUUGACGACUGUGGCCCUUGUUGGUGGCGCUGGAUGGACUUAUAUAACGCGAGAAGCGUGGUCCCGAGGGCCAUUCAUUAAGGCUGCCACAGGGAUAUGGCUCGCGGAGCUGUUUCUAUACGCCAUCUACGAGCUAUUUCUAUAUCCAAAGUUCUUUUCGCCAUUGAGACAUGUGCCUACGGCCCCGGGAGGGCAUUGGCUGUUGGGGCAUGGCAAGCAAGUCAUGGCUGCGAAGCCUGGCGCGCCGUUGAGAGAAUGGGUGACGACUGUUCCCAACGAAGGCCUUAUACGGUACUACUGGCUCUUCAAUCGAGAGCGUCUGAUCGUCACCUCGCCUAAAGCCUUGGGAGAGGUGCUUGUCACAAACAACUACGCUUUCAGAAAGCCCGAGAACGUGAGGUCAUUGCUCGGCCGCCUCCUGGGCUAUGGAUUGCUUCUCGCAGAAGGAGAUGAGCACAGGCACCAGCGGCGCAAUUUGAUGCCCGCCUUUGCGUUCCGCCAUAUCAAGGAGCUAUAUCCUCUCUUUUGGGACAAGGCGCGUGAGUCUGUUCAGGCCAUGAUGAAAGAAUGUGGCCAGGAGGGCCAGACGGAAAUGGAGGUCAGCGAAUGGGCGUCGAGGGUGACUCUCGACAUCAUUGGUGUUGCCGGCCUGGGCAAGGACUUUAACUCAAUCCAGGACGAGAACAGUGACCUUGUUCAGACGUACGGGUACCUGUUCAAGCCGAGACCGCCGGCGAAGUUCUUGAUCGUCUUGGCAACCCUGGUGCCAUCCUGGCUGAUCUAUCGGCUUCCGUUGAAGCGCAACCGACUGGUCAACGAAGCUGCCAGGAAAAUCAGAGCCAUGUGCCGGGAUGUCAUCCGAGAGAAGAAGGAGAAGAUGAUUGCAAACAAGGAGCGCACAGACGUGGAUAUUCUCUCCGUGGCGAUAGAGAGCGGGCAGUUCUCGGACGACAACCUGGUCGACCAGCUCAUGACGUUUUUGGCAGCCGGCCACGAGACGACAUCUACAGCGCUGACCUGGGCCAUCUACUUCCUCUGCUGCUUCCCCGAGAUACAGACCCGGCUACGCGACGAGAUUCGCGAGAGGCUGCCCUCCACGGACAACGCCGGCGCCAAGCUCACGAGCCAGGACAUUGAUCGCAUGCCGUACCUCCACGCAGUGUGCAGCGAGGUGCUGCGAUUCUUCAGCCCCGUCCCGGUUACCAUCCGCGAGGCUUCGUACGACACCACGAUUCAAAACGUGCCCGUCCGAGAGGGCACCCGCAUCGUCCUGGCCCCUUCCGCCGUCAACGUGGAUCCGAAGCUCUGGGGAGCGGACGCCCUAGAGUUCAAUCCGGAGCGGUGGAUUUCCAAGAACAAGGAUUCCGAGGAGAGCAACAAGCGGGCGGCGAGCGGCGGCGCGGACAGCAACUACUCCUUUAUGACGUUCCUCCACGGGCCGCGGAGCUGCAUCGGCCUGACCUUUGCGACGGGGGAGUUUGCGUGUCUGUUGGCGGCGUGGAUUGGGCGGUUCGAGUUUGAGCUGGUAAAUAAGGACGAGCUGGAUAUGGAUAAGAUGGAUAUCAAGGGGAAUGUGACGGCGAGGCCGGCGAAGGGUCUGCAUGUGAAGGCGAGGGCGGUGCCGGGAUACUGAGUGAGAGAAGGAGAGAAGAGGCUGGUGCAGGUGGGCCUUUAAUCAAUACCUAUGUACAGAAACCUUUUUUGUUUUUUUUUCCCCUUCUUUUCUACAAACUCUUGUAAUAGUAGUGCAGUGUAUAACAUUGAUGAGUUUGGACGCCUC